AAAUGUAUUAAACUUUAUCAGUAUUAUCAGUCAUAUUUUUUUAUUCAUGUUCAAUUAACAGUUUAUCCACUCGAAUUAAAUAUUCGAGAGGGACGUGAAGCGAUAUUUGAUUGCCGAGCUCGAACUUCUGAUGGUACGCUAUACCCAGAAGUACGAUGGACACGAAGCGGUGGACCAUUACCACCAACUGCUCAUGAAAGUGGUGGACGCUUAACAAUAACCUCUGCAUCAGUCUAUGAUAGCGGUAAAUAUAAGUGCACAACAACAGUUAGUGGCCGAACAUAUGAUGCAUAUGUCCAACUUAAUGUUCAGCCAUAUGGACCACAAGAAUAUCAAAAUAUUUUGCCAACUUCUGAGGUAUGCCGAGCUGAUGAAAGAGCUUGUGCUAAUAAAGAAUGUAUUAAAAUUGAUUAUGUAUGUGAUGGUGAACCUGAUUGCAGGGAUCGAUCUGAUGAACAACAAUGUCCAUCGCUACGAUCAUGUGAACCGAAUGAAUUUAAAUGCAAUAAUGGGCGUUGUGUGCAAAAAAUGUGGCUAUGCGACGGAGAUGAUGAUUGUGGCGACAAUUCUGAUGAACAAACCUGUGAUCAUCGAACGCCUUCAGAUGGAUGUACAGCAUCAGAAUUUCAAUGUCGCGAUCAGCGACAAUGUGUUCCAUCAAGUUUUCACUGUGAUGGCACAAAUGAUUGCCAAGAUGGCUCAGAUGAGAUCGGCUGUGUUCAACCAACGAUAGUUGAAGCACCUGAGACAAAUAAACAAGUUCCACCUGGUGGAACCUUCCAGUUGACAUGUAAAGCAGUUGCUGUACCUGAACCAUAUAUAAAUUGGCGUUUAAACUGGGGCCCAGUUUGCGAUCCUCCACGUUGUGUUCAACAUUCUCAAGGCGGAUUAGGAACACUUACUGUCUCAAAUGCACAACCACUUGACCAAGGAGCUUACACUUGUGAAGCGAUAAAUGUCAAAGGAAGAGUACUUGCAACUCCAGAUUGUAUCGUGCGGAUCGUUAAUCUACCAGCUCCAACACCGCAUGCACAAUUAAUUCGUUGUGAUCCCGCAGGAUCAGUGCAAACUGGAUAUAGCCAUCAAUGUCAUUGCAAGGUGCAAUUAACGAUGGGACCGACAUGCAAUGAAUGCAUUCGCGGUGCAUAUCAUCUUAAUGAAAAAGCUCCUCAAGGAUGUUUUAAAUGUUUCUGUUUCGGCGUCACCGAUCAGUGCCGAUCAUCAUCAUGGUACCGAACUAGAGAUAAAUUGCGGUUUACGGGUGAUUCGCAAGGUGUUACAAUAUCGGAUAUGGACGAAAAAAAUAUAAAACAGAAUCCAAGAUUCGAAUACGAUAUACCAGGAAUGCUUACUUAUGUAGGCAGUGGAUAUGAAACAGAAUACUGGCGAAUGCCUCAUCGUUUCCUCGGCAAUAAGGUAACAGCAUAUGGUGGAAAAAUGGAAUUUGAAUUGCAGUUUUCUUGUUCAGGUGCUAUAAGUAGUGAACCACUCGUUGUUAUCAAAGGGAAUGGAAUAACUCUGGUUUAUCGACAUAAAGAUUACUCUGGAGAUUUUAUUUCUGAUAGGCCAAUUCGAAUUGCAAUUGAUACUUUUGAAGCCAAUUUUGAACAUUUGGAUAAUAGGCCAGCAACUCGCGAAAAUCUGAUGAUGGUAUUGGCCGAUAUGGAUGCUUUUUUAAUACGUGCAACUCACUGUUAUGGCCUUCGCUCAACUAGUAUCGGAGACGUAAGUUGGGAAAUAGCUGUGGAUCGUGAUACUCAAGAUAGAUUGGCUCUUGAGGUGGAACAUUGUUCAUGUCCACCAGGUUAUAUCGGAUUAUCAUGUGAAGAUUGUGCGCCAGGUUAUGAAAGGUCUGGACAAGGACUUUAUCUUGGUACAUGCGUACCAGCACGACCACGUCCUCAAUGCUCACCGGCUGGAGCAGUUAGUUCCCAACCAUCGUUUCGCGGAAUAUGUCAGUGUAAAACUUACGCUGUUGGGCCUCUUUGCGACCAGUGUCCUCCAAAUAGUUUUUAUAUGGCUGCUAGUAAUCCUCAAGGAUGUAUUCCAUGUUUUUGUUCGGGUGUCACACAAAGAUGUUCUUCAUCUUCAUAUUCUCGCGCUAUUAUCGAAAUUGAUUAUUCUCGUGGUGCCAGAGAUCAGCUACAAAUUACUUCCAGCGAUUCACAUAAUCCGUUUAUGUUCUCUCAACCUGUAAUUGCGAAUGGCGAAAUUAUUUUCUCGCAAUUUUAUGAGGCGCCUAGGCAAACACUCUAUUGGAAGUUACCUGCAAAAUUUCUUGGAAAUAAAGUGACCAGCUAUGGUGGAAUUCUUAAAUAUGUAUUCCGAUAUUCCGGUGAAGGAUCGCUCAAUACUGAACCGGAUAUUAUCUUAAGAGGCAAUGAUAUCACACUUUUCUAUAAAAAUAAGCAACCGAUCUAUCCUGAUAGGGAAAACGAAGUUGAAGUAAAACUUUUCGAAGAUCGAUGGCAAAGAAUAGACGAGCAAGCAGCAACUCGAGAGCAUAUUUUAAUGGCUUUAGCAGAUCUCGAUGCCAUUCUAAUCAAGAUGACAUAUCUUGAUGAAUGUUCAUCGUCAUCAAUUAUUAGAGUCUCCCUCGAACACGCAGAAGCACGUCCUACUGGCGGACCUAUUGCUUAUGAAGUCGAGCAAUGUGUGUGCCCGCCCGGCUAUGUUGGAACAUCAUGCGAAGAUUGUGCCCCAGGCUAUUCCAGGACUGGAGGUGGUUUAUAUUUGGGACUAUGUGAGCGUUGUGAAUGUCAUGGACAUGCUACGCAUUGUGACAGGGAACACGGCUAUUGCGUUAAUUGCCAGCACAAUACAGAAGGUGAUCAGUGCGAAAGAUGCAAACCUGGUUUUAUUGGCAAUGCUCGACAAGGAACACCUCAUGAUUGCCAACCAGCAGCAACCAGACCACCUUGUAAUUGUAAUAACCAUUCACCGAGAGGAUGUGAUUCAUUCGGGCGAUGCUUGCUUUGUGAACAUAAUACAGAGGGUUACAACUGUCAACAGUGUAAAAGAGGUUACUAUGGUGAAGCUACACGAGGAACACCUUAUGACUGUACACCAUGUCCAUGCCCUGGAACAUCAGAUUGCUUCCUUGAUCAGUAUGGACAAGUGCAGUGCCGUAAUUGUCCAGCAAGCCUAACGGGACGCCUUUGCGACGAGUGUGCACCGGGUUAUACAAGAUCAAGAACGCAUGGCGGUCGAAUAUGUGAACCGAUUGGCCGUGUAGAAAGCACCAACGUUAUUUUCGUCCCGACACCAGAAGGUGAACGUUCUGCAUGGCGACGUCAAAGACGUCGACGAUAUCGUGUCCGAAGCCGUUUUCUUCGUCACUAA